AACUCUCCCACCGUAACAUCGAAGCGAGAAAGAGAGAGAGAGAGAGAGAGAGAGAGAGAAGCACACAGAGAGAAGGAUAAUGGCAACACUUGGUGGCGCUCGUGACGUGGCAGGAAGCCAGAACAGCGUUGAGAUCGAUAGUAUAGCUCGUUUUGCUGUUGACGACCAUAACAAAAAACAGAAUGCACUUCUGGAGUUUGGAAGAGUGAUAAGUGCAAAACAGCAAGUGGUUGCUGGUACCAUGUACCACAUCACUUUAGAGGCAAAAGAUGGUGGGGCGAAAAAGGUUUAUGAAACCAAGGUUUGGGAGAAGGCAUGGUUGAACUUCAAAGAGGUGCAAGAGUUCAAGCUUGUUGGAGAUGCACCUGCAGGGUCUAGUGCUUAGCUAGGUUACUUAAGAAUGAAGACAGCUUGGCUCGAAGGUAAAAGCCAAUGGAUGUAUAGAAGCAUCCUAUGUAUGAAAUAAAUGUAGCUAUGACCUUCGGUAUUUGAUAUUUGAAGCAGUAACGCUACACAUUUUGUAUGCAUUUAGCAUCUUAUUUAAAGGCUGAAUACAAAAAAUAUAUUAUCCUUUUUUGUGUGAAUAUUAUCAACUGAUGUUGCAUAUGUUGCAAGAUGAAAUAUUGAGACCUUUUACG